AUGGGUACAAGAUGGACUUGCCCUGGACCUUCCCUACUUGUGCUCUUCUAUUAUGGGCAUCUUUUGCCAUGGCUAAGGACAGAGGGUGAUCAGAGCUCAGAUGACUUCUACAAUGAGACCAUGGCAAAGAUCUUCCUGCAGUAUUAUGAGAAUACAACCAGGGUUGUGUGGAACCGGUUCAUGGAGGCCUCCUGGAACUACGUCACCAAUAUCAACCAGCAAAAUCUGGAGGAGAUGCUGCUCAAGGAGAUGGAGAGGUCCCAGCACAUGCUGUUCUUUGGCACCCAAGCCCGCCUGUUUAAGAUUGCCAGGUUCCAGGACCCGGUCGUGAAGCGUAUGCUGAGUAAGCUGCAGAACAUAGACAAGGCGGCCCUCCCCAAGGACGAGCUCCGGGAGUACAACAAGCUUCUGGCCUACAUGGAGACAAUGUACAGCACGGCCCAGGUGUGCAUGAAUGAGGGGCCAUGCCUGCCCCUGCAACGUGACAUCGAAGAGGUCAUGGCCACCUCCCGGGACCAGAAGGAGCUACUAUGGGCCUGGCAGGGCUGGCGGGAUGCUGUGGGUCCCCAGGUCCGCAUGACCUUCGAGCGCUAUGUGAUGCAGCUCAGCAACAAGGCUGCAAAGCUCAACGGUUACGAAGACAUGGGGGCCUUGUGGCAGUCCACGUACAAGUCCGAUACACUGGAGCAAGACCUGGAGCAUCUCUACCAGGAGCUGCAGCCGCUCUACCUCAAUCUGCAUGCCUACAUGCGCCGGGCCCUGCACCGCCACUACGGGCCUGAGCUCAUCGACCUGAGGGGGCCCAUCCCUGCCCAUCUUCUGGGGAACAUGUGGGCUCAAUCCUGGGUCAACAUCUUAGACCUGGUCCUGCCCUUCCCGAAGAAGCCCCUCGAUGACAUCACGAGGAACAUGAAAGUCCAGCACUGGAAGCCCGAGAAAAUGUUCAUAGAGGCUGAAAAUUUCUACACGUCCCUGGGGCUGCUUUCCACUCCACCGGAUUUCUGGAGAAAGUCAAUGAUGGAAAGGCUGGCCGAUGGGAGGGAGGUGGAGUGCCACGCCUCUGCCUGGGACUUCUACAAUGGCCAGGACUUCAGGAUAAAGAAGUGCACCGAGGUGACCAUAGAAGACCUGCUCUCCAUCUUCCACCAGAUGGGCCAUAUCCAGUACUUCCUGCAGUACAAGAACCUCUCUGUGAUCUUCCGUGCAGGCGCCAACCCAGCCUUUGAAGAGGCCGUGGGGUUGGUGAUCACCCUGUCGGUCUUCUCCCACAAACACCUGCUCAACAAAGGCCUGCUCAGCCACCAGCACCAGGACUCAGAGGAGGAGGUCAACUUCCUGAUGGGCAUUGCCCUGGACAAGAUUGCCUUCAUCCCCUUCGCUUACCUGAUGGACCUGUCUCGCUGGAAGGUCUUCGAUGGCACCAUCCAGAAGGACGUCUACAACCAGGAGUGGUGGAACACCAGGUUGAAGUACCAGGGCCUGUGCCCCCCCAUCCCUCGGACAGAGGAAGACUUUGAUCCAGCUGCCAAGUUCCACAUCUCAGCCAGCAUGCCCUAUCUACGGUACUUCCUCAGCCUAGUGCUCCAGUUUCAGUUCCACGAAGCGCUGUGCAAGGCCACAGGCCACAUGGGUCUGCUGCACCGGUAUGACAGAUAUAACUCUAAGAUGGCUGGAAAGCUCCUGGAGGAUGUCCUAAAGCUGGGCUCGAGCAAGCCCUGGCCAGAAGUCCUGGAGAAGAUAACUGGGGAGACCAAGGUGUCUGCAAAGGCCAUCAUGACCUACUCCAAGCUCCUGAACCGGCUGGUCACUGAGAAUGUGCAGCAGUGGGAGAUCCUGGGCUGGCCAGACUUCAGCUGUUACUUCGAAGAAAAAGAAACAGACAAGGUGACAUUCCUGAGUCUGGAGCUGGACCCUAACCAGGUCAACUUUGGGCAGUGGGUGUUGCUGGCCCUGAGUUUUGUCAUGUUCCUGGUGGCCCUACUCCUGGCCUGCAGGCUACACUCCCUGGAAAAAAGGUCACCGGCCCAGGACACCAGCGUUCAGGACAUCAGCACACUUGAGAUACCACCCAAAGCCUACUUUCUGGGCAUAGCCAUGGAGCCCCGCCAGGCUGUCAAAAGAUUCCUGCUGGGCCUCUGCCUCAUCCUGAUGCUGUGCUCAAUCGGCUUGACCAUUUGGAUUUUCACACAGAACAACAGGAAGCCUCUGUGGAUGAAAGCUGAAUGGUGGAGUUGGGACUAG